AUGUUCCAGCACAUCCGCAGCAGUGCUGCGUGGAGGCGUCUCUGCCAUUAUUUCAAUAGAUAAACUCUUAUCUCCUCAAGGCAGCUGGAUUUCUUUCAUGUCACAUGCUCCCUUGGCUGCAGUGUCAUUGGAGUGCUCCUCACUCUGAUGCUGCUCUGUUGUGGGGAGUAUGGAAGCUUGGGGUUACAAACGUAGAAAAGUCCUGAAUGUUACAUUUUACAACCGCAAGGAAGUUUCAAGGAUGACAAGAUUCUGAAAGGAUGCUGUUUUUGAGUCUAAGCCUGGCUGUUUACCUCCUUCCGACUUCCUCAAAUGCUCACAUCAGUGGUAGGCCCUGCAUCUGUUCUGCACUGGUGCCUGCUGGGCUUCACGUGAACUGCAGCUCUUUGAACCUCACCCAUGUUCCUCGUCUCCCUUCAAACACCACGGAGCUCCAAAUGCAGGACAACAGGCUCACCUCAGUGGAUCCAGGUCUAUUUGACAGAUAUGUCUCCCUCAAAAAGCUUUCUCUGUCUGGAAACCCAUUCCACUGUGACUGCAGAAUCCAGUACCUGAGGAACUGGGUUCUAAAGAACAGACACAUUAUUUCAUCGGUGCCAACUUGUUCCACUCCAAGCUCUGUUGCUCACAAAGCCAUGACAGAACUGACAGAUGAGUACUUUUCCUCCUGCGCCAGACCGAGCUGUGCUUAUGCAACCAACGCUUUGAUGGUGGGGAUGCUGCUCUGCCUCCUCCUCCUGUCUCUGUGGAGCCUGAAGCUGGGCAGAAGGUCCACCUUCACUCUGUCUAUAGAUGAAAGGCAUUCAGGCUUCCAGAGCUACUCUUUGCGCUCGCUGAGGCCCAAACACAGACGGAGGCUGCACACAGGACAGUCAGGGGCUGGUGAGGACUCUGACUUUUUCUUCUGCUCAGAGGACUUGGAAAGGCCGCUUCUUAAUAUGGAGCUACUGCCGCAAGUGCUGGAUGUGUUACAUAAGAAACACAAUAUAAAGAUAAAGGCGACCUGAGGAACAUGUGUUCACAGCAGGCAACGUGAGGCAGAUUUUUUUAUUUUAUUUAAUGGACUCACAAAUAAGCACAAUCCAGAAGUCUGGUAUGCUGGUCCAAAGUCUGUAUCGAUGCAGAUGAUUGUGUCCAGAAAAUACAAAACAUAAAAAUUUAAGAAAACAAAAGUGGUAAAAGGUAAGAGAUUUUCUGCUGUUUCUACCUAAAAAACAAACACACUUUGAAUCUUGGACUGGAGUAGCAGUAUUAAAAAAAGAAUCAAAACUGUUCUCUGAAUGUGGACCCUGACAUGCUGUUUGGCUGACGUGAAAGAGCUGUUCAGGUUAAAUGAAUUUUUUUGUCAUGUGUUUCAAAUGCAGACUGUAUUUAAAAUGUAUAGUUUGUUGCAGGAACUGAUAUAAAAAUGUACUAUGAGUUUACAGGGCCAAAAA